UUCUGUCUACUGUCUGCCUGUGCCCAUUUCGACGUGCUAACAAGUGUUUUACCUUUUAGCGUCUGUGAAAAAAUAUAUUUUUUCUUUUUUCUCCUCGAGAUAAAUAAAUUUUAAUUUGAAAAAAAAAACAAUACAGAAGUCUAAACAGCAAAAUCAACAAUGGCCGAAGUCGAUGCAAUCACAAUUAUCGCAGAAAGUCUCAAGGCUCAGGGUGUUGAAUAUGUUUUUGGCAUCAUCGGAAUUCCCGUCGUUGAGCUAUCGAUGGCAUUGCAGGCUGCCGGCCUUAAAUACAUUGGAAUGCGAAAUGAACAAGCUGCAUGUUAUGCUGCCCAAGCUAUUGGCUACUUGACAGGGAAACCAGGAGUCUGUUUGGUUGUUUCCGGACCAGGACUGCUUCAUGUGACAGGUGGCAUGGCAAAUGCUCAAGUAAAUUGUUGGCCUCUACUGAUUAUUGGAGGAGCUACAAGCGAAGACCACGAGGGCAUUGGUGGAUUCCAAGAAUGCCCUCAAGUAGAACUAACUCGUCCGUACUGCAAGUAUGCUGCCCGGCCACCAAAUGCUUCCCUCAUUCCAAUGCACGUAGAAAAAGCUGUGAGAUAUGCUACGUACGGUCGUCCCGGCGUUGCUUACCUAGACUUCCCUGGCAAUCUGCUGCAAUCAAAGGUGAAAGUUGAGACAGUAGCACCGGUAAUCGCGCAUCCAGCACCACCACUUGUUUAUCCCGAUCCAGAAGAUAUUCGUCGGGCCAUGAGGUUCCUUACCACUGCCAAACGUCCUUUAGUCAUCAUUGGCAAAGGAGCAGCCUAUGCCCAUGCAGAGAAUAUUCUUCGGCACUUCAUAGACAACACCAACUUGCCUUUCCUUCCCACUCCAAUGGGAAAAGGUGUGGUUUCAGAUACAGCUACUCAAUGUGUAUCAUCGGCAAGAACUUAUGCACUUCAAAAUGCUGAUGUAGUUUUGCUGCUGGGCGCACGUUUGAAUUGGAUUCUUCAUUUCGGUCGUCCACCUAGGUUCGAUAAAGACGUGAAGGUUAUUCAAGUGGAUCUGUGCCCCGAAGAACUGCACAAUAGUGUAAUGAGCAGUGUUGCUGCACAGUCAGACAUCAAACCGUUUGCUGAGCAUCUUUUCGAACAGAUGAAUGCUGUUAAUUAUGUUUUUUCGUCAGACAACGACUGGUGGAGGGAACUCAACACUAAAUGUCAACAAAACAGGGAAUCAGUGCAAAGAAUGUCCCUCAACACUGAGCCUCCUCUAAACUACUACACCGUGUUCCAUCACUUGAGAGAGUUGAUCCCCAGGGAUGCUAUAAUCGUCAGUGAAGGCGCCAACACCAUGGACAUUGGUCGAACAAUGUUGCUUAAUAUACUUCCAAGGCAUCGCCUUGAUGCUGGCACAUUCGGAACGAUGGGCGUGGGCCCCGGCUUUGCUAUUGCCGCUGCAUUGUAUUGCAGGGAUCGUUUCCCCGGCAAAAAGGUUGUCUGCGUUGAAGGCGAUUCUGCUUUCGGCUUCUCUGGAAUGGAAUUGGAAACAAUGGUGCGUUAUAAUCUACCAAUUACAAUUGUCAUCGUCAACAAUAGUGGAAUUUAUGGAGGUUUUGAAAAGGAAGUUUUUGACAGUAUAAGAUCCGCUGGCGAUUUAACACAAGUAACUCCUCCAUCGGCUCUUGGUGUUCAGGUACGAUACGAACAAAUGCUCCAAAUGUUCGGUCUCCAAGGUCACUUCGUCAAGGAAAUUCCCGAAUUACAAAAGGCAGUUAAAGAAGCCCAACAAUUGACUGAUCGCCCAACAAUUAUUAAUGUUAUCAUCAAUUCAUCGGCGGAUCGCAAACCGCAAACGUUUAAUUGGCUGACGGAGUCAAAGUUGUAAUUUUGUGGUCGUUUAUAUAACUUAAAGCAAAGCAAAACAGAAAACUAUUAUUCGUUCCACUAUCCCUAGAGUUAUUUUAAAUAUUGUAUUGGUUUAGGUAUAACGUUCAGUUUUUGUACUUUAUAUGUGAUUUUGUGUUUUAAUUUGUUCUUCGCUCAUUUUUUAACAUUUUCUAACUCUUUGGCAAAUUAGUUCAAUAUGCAAUACGAGUUUUUUUAGAAAUAUUUGUUUAAAAAUAAAAACGCAAUACAAAAUGCAUUUAUUAAAAAGAGAGAAAAAAAAAAAAAAACAAAAAGAAAAAUCAUAAAUUAUUUUUGAUUAGAUACUUUAAUUUUAUUAUGAAUAUAAGAACUUGAUAAUAAGAUAAGCGCAUUGUUUAAAAAUAAUAAAACACGAAUUUUAACAUUA